AUGGGAUCCUACGAGGAUCACACGCCAAUGGACGAGCGUAAACGCAUCCGCGACGAGCUCCUGGCCAGCGAGUACUAUCCGUUCGUGGUGGCUCUCCCCAAAGUCGAACUCCAUCUGCACAUCGAAGGCACGCUCGUGCCGGAGCUCCGGUGGGAAUUCGCCCAACGCAACGGCCUGACCCUGAAGAGCCCACGGACCGGCCAAGUGUACCGAGACCUGGAACAUCUGCGAUCCGAAGUCGAAACAUUCAGCUUCUUCGAAGCAUACUACGACGGCUUCGACGUGCUGCACACGACGCAAGACUACUACGACCUGGCCAUGAACUACUUCCGGCGCGCAUCGGCCAUGAACGUGCGGUAUGUCGAGGUCUUCUUCGACCCGCAAGGCCACACGCGCCGCGGCGUCGGCUGGGACACGUUCAUGACUGGAUUCCAACAGGCGUCGGAGCGCGCCGAGAAAGAGCUCAACGUGAAGUCGAAAUGGAUCAUGUGUAUCCUGCGCGACAUGUCUCCCGAGUCCGCGAUGGAGCAUUACGAGGCCGCGCUGAACUACCGCGACAUGAUUGUCGGCCUGGGGCUGGAUUCGGAAUCGUACAAACUGCCCCCGUCGCUUUUCGAGAACGUCUGGUCGCGCGCCCGCGCCGACGGCUUCUUCAAGUUGACGGCGCACUGCGACGACGGCGCCAAGGAGGACGUCCACGACCAUAUCCGCGAGGCCUGCUGCUCCAUGGGAGGCACCGGGGCGGACCGCAUCGACCACGGCAUCAACACCGCCGAUGUGCCUGAGCUGAUCGAGCUGGUCAAGUCGCGCAAUCUGGGCCUGACCCUGUGUCCAUGUGCGUAUCUGCGCCACCAGCCGGCCGAGCCGAUGUAUGCGAAGAUCAGGCUGCUGUACGAUCAAGGGGUCAAGAUCAUGAUCGGUAGCGACGACCCGGCCUACAUGGACGACAACUGGCAGGUCAACAAUAUGCUGUUGGUGCAGAGUCGCUGCGGCUUCAGUGACCACGACAUGGUGAAAUUGGCCAAGAAUGCGGUGGAUAUGUCUUGGGCGCCUGAGCCGGUCAAAGAGGCCAUUGUCGAGGAGAUCGAUUCCGUCUUUCAAAAUCGCACGACCAAGCUGUAG